CCGCCCGCUAGCAUCCUAGGUAACAGACAAUCACAGACCACUGUGAUAGGGACACACCUUCGUCGUUUUUUGGUAAAGUUCAUGGGGAUGCCAUUUUAAACUCAAAACGAAUUUAAUCCACGAAAUAUAAGCAUUCGUUGCAAAUUGACUUUUUCAAUUGCAUUGCUUCAAGCACAUUUAGUUGUGCAACUUUACCUACAAGAUGACUGGAGUUUUUGACAGUCUCAGUACAGAUAUGCAUUCGAACCAGAUUACCUCGAACAGUUACCACAGCUUGCAUAAAUCGCAGGAGUCCCCAACUCUACCAGUAUCGACUGCAACGGACAGCAGCUUUUACAAUAGCCAACAGCCUGGAUACUGCGCAGGGUCUCCAUAUGGCCAACUCGGAACUUACCAGUACCACAACAGUGGUAUGAGCAGCGUUCAAUACAAUACUAAAUCAUACGACCUUGGUUUCAACUCUUAUGGCACCUACGGCUCCUAUGGUUCGAGUUCUUCACCGACUCCAACGGAUGCAGAGAAAGAAGAAAGUGAACCUGAAAUCCGAAUGGUUAACGGGAAACCAAAGAAGGUCAGGAAACCUCGAACUAUUUAUUCAAGUUUCCAACUGGCCGCCCUUCAACGGAGAUUCCAAAAGACACAGUACUUGGCUUUACCGGAGCGAGCCGAGCUGGCAGCCUCAAUGGGCCUUACACAAACCCAGGUGAAAAUUUGGUUCCAGAACCGUCGCUCCAAGUUCAAGAAGUUGUGGAAAAGUGGAGAAAUCCCCCCUGAGCAACAUGUGACCUCCAGCGAGUCUCCCCCCUGUAACUCUCCACCCGUCACUGCCUGGGACUUUCCACAGAAUCAAAGAAUGAACAAUGUAAACUCCAGUUUAUCUCAGAGCAGUAGCCCUCCAAAUACGACUGCGCCUUCUUUCUUGGCAAACUAUUCUUGGUACUCAUCAACGAACUCUGCAACGCAUCUUCAGGCUGGUCCGCUUGUCCAGCACCACCACAACUCCGCCUUGAGCGCUGGGACAAUAUUUUAAUACAACUGACUCUUACUCGGAGAAUACUGGUGAAACAGACAAAAUGUCAUUAUACAUUUUUACAGACCUCACCAAGCGAACUUUACGCGCAACUUUGGCCAACUUCAUUAAGCCUAUAGCUGCUAGGGUAAUUCAGAAUGACACCGUGCUCGCACCGGCAAAAUGGCAGACUACAUAUUUUUACAGUUAUUUUUGUAUUUAUUUAUUGUGUUUAUUUUAAUGGAUGAGAUUUAUUAACCACUAAUAGCCAAAACAACCACGUAGUAAGAGGCUUUUACGAACGUGUGUUACUUUUGAAUCAGCGCGAGACCAAAGUUGAUUGCAGGACGUGAACAACUGACACAUAUGUAGCACAAUUUUCGACUGCGUUGUGCAUUUUGAAAAUMACCUAUUUUUGUUGUACGAGAUCCAUGUAUUAGCCUACAUGUACACAGAUUUCUAUAUGGCCUAUUCUUUACGGUUGGUUUCCUUUUGUAGGUCAGAAUUUGGCUUUGUGCAUACUUCACAACAUUAUUUUGAUAUGCCACCCUGGCAUCAUUUUUUUUUUUUGAUAUUGGGGACCAAUACUGUACCUAUUCUUUACGGUUGUUUUAUCCUUCAUAAGCUACUGAUUGUCCCCUAUUCUACUUAACUUGUAUAACAUUUCUAUGGUGUAUUGUCUUUAAUUUAUUGUAUGGUUAGCAGUGUUUUCUUUAUAUGAUCAGACGUUAUUUAAAUAAAAUUAUGUUUUCUGUUCACAA